AUGAUACUAUCAUUAAAAUAUCCAUCUAAUUUUUUUAAUCCUGACCUUUCUUUAUUAGCAAUUCUUUCUGAUCCCAUCGAUGCUGAGACAUAUUAUUCUCAGUAUGAUGACUUCCAGGACCUUGCUGAGGCUGAAGAAGAUAUAAACUUUGAUAAACUAUCUUCAUCUGACAAAGAUUCAUUGACUUCAAGCGACACUGAAGAUGGUGCUGUGGAGCUAGGGGAAGUUAAAAACGAUAAUUUAAAACUUUAUUCUAUCGGAAAGGAGAAUCGGCGCGAGAGCGUAAUGCUCAACUAUUUUAAGGCUGCACUUAAACAGCCUUCAGAAUUGAAGACUUCCCAGAAAAAUGGCUAA